AUGACGAAUUAUGAAAGGAUAAAUACACAAGAAGAUGAUUCAAAUUUAUUAUCAGAUUCACAAUUAAAUUCAAAUAUACUAAUAGAUAGUGAUAUUGAAGAAAAUGAAACUACUAAUACAUCACCAAGCACAACUUCACAACAACAACCAACUUCAUCAUCAUCAUCUAAUCCAAUAAGUUCAUCAUCAUUAGAUUUAGAAUCUCAAAUCCCACCAAGAUUAACUCCUAAACAAAGAAUAAUUCGAGUAUUCAAUCAUUUAUUCCCUUUAAAACAAACUUAUGAAAGAUUAAAUAAUGGUAUACAAACAGGUAGAAUGCAACAUAAUGCACCAGGAAGAUUUAUUGGUCAAGGUACUGAUGGAGUUUUCCAAAAUUUAAUGGCAAAACCAGAUACUUUAUUAACAAUUCAACAAAGAGAAGCAGAAUUACAUCCACCAACUUAUGAGGAAGCAGCUCAAGAUGCAAGUCCUGAAUAUUGGGAAUCUACAAUGAUUAGUCCAAUGUAUGAAGAUGAAGUAUUUGUUCAAGGAUUACCGGUUGGAAAUAUUGCAAAUUUUAUAUGGAAUGGAUUAGUUACUAUUGCUUUUCAAUUUAUUGGAUUUAUAUUAUGUUAUCUUUUACAUACAUCUCAUGCUGCAAAACAAGGUUCUAGAAUGGGGUUAGGAAUCAAUUUAAUAAUGUAUGGAUGGAAUAUAUUACCAUUAAAUAUGGGAUCACCUAAAGAAAUACCUAAAAAAUAUAUAAUUGAUAAUCCAAAUGAUUUUAAUGAUAUUGAUAAACAUUUUAAAAUAGAAAGUAAUAAAAUUGAUAAUUAUUCACCACUGGGAUUUUUUAUACAAGAUUCAAACAAUCAUAUUGAUGAUAAUUAUGAUAAUUAUAAUACUACUCCUUAUAUUGCUUAUGGUCUUAUUUCAUUUGGAUUAUUCAUAGUUUUGAAAAGUAUUGUUGAUUUUUAUAAAGUAAAACAAUUAGAAAGAAGUAUUUUACGUCCAAAUGGUUCUUCUAAUAGUGGUGUAACUCAAAGUGCCACAAACCCAGUUGAAAAUCAUAAUGAACAAGAAGAAAAUAAUGAAUCACCACAAGGUACCGAACCGAAUGAAGAUCCAACUGAAAUGAGAUAA